AAACUUAAAUGAGUGAAAAACGUUGAUUUCAAUUUUCAGUUCUUCAUUCAUAGACUUCAAGCGCACAGCUACUACGAAAAAUAGUAGGCAUAGUAUCUCUGGACAUAUAGGCUCUACCCAUAAUGUUUUAAGUCUUGGUAAAAAUUUGGGCUAUAGCUUUAAGUUCUUAUUUUAAUGUAAAGGGUAAUUUUUUUUUGUAAAUUUAGAAGUUAAAAAUUUCGUGUGAUUUAAUGGCAACUGAAAAGAAGAAUAUGAGCUUUGCCGUCCUGCCCAGAGUCAUUAACGGCGGCAUUGCGGGCAUCAUCGGUGUGACAUGUGUAUUUCCGUUGGAUUUGGUGAAGACGCGACUGCAAAAUCAACAAAUCGGUCCCAAUGGUGAACGCAUGUACACUAGCAUGUAAGUGAUGUUCGAUUGCUUCCGCAAGAUUUACGCGGCGGAGGGUUACUUUGGCAUGUACCGCGGCUCAGCCGUAAACAUAUUAUUGAUCACCCCUGAGAAGGGAAUCAAACUGACCGCUAACGAUUAUUUUCGCUAUCACCUGGCUACUCCGGACGGAAAACUAACACUGCUCAUGCAAUGUCUGGCCGGAGGUUUAGCUGGUGCAUUUCAAAUUAUUGUGACUACGCCUAUGGAGCUUUUAAAGAUUCAGUUGCAGGAUGCCGGACGUGUGGGUGGGCAUGAUUUAAAAAAGGUGACUGCUUGGUCUAUUACCAAGCAGCUUGUAAAAGAUAAUGGCAUCUUCGGCUUAUACAAGGGCGUCCGGGCCACUGGCGCGCGAGACAUUACUUUCUCGGUCAUCUACUUUCCAUUCUUUGCCUUUUUGAAUAACAGUGGACCCCGAAAGCCGGGCCCCUCAGGCGAAGCCGUCUUUUGGUGGUCCCUUAUCUCUGGGUUGGUGUCGGGAAUGUCAGCUGCUUUUGCGGUCACGCCCCUAGAUGUGAUUAAGACACGCUUGCAAGCCAUUAAAAAGGCGGAUGGCGAAAAGGAAUUUGAUGGCAUUUUCGACUGUAUCAACAAAACAUUGAAGUACGAAGGACCUAAGGCAUUCUUCAAGGGUGGGCUGUGUCGAAUGAUUGUAAUUGCUCCACUUUUUGGAAUAGCUCAGAUGGUCUACUUUAUGGGUAUAGGCGAACGUAUUCUGGGCAUUGAACAAAAGAAGUCUGUCUGAGAAAUGCUUGCCAUUCAUCUCUUAUUUCAAUGCAAUGGAAAUUUAUUGUGGUUAGUACGUUUUUACGGCGAAUUGAAAAUUAGGGUCUUGUUUGAAAAAUCGAUGUUUGACAAUACUAUAUCAGGGCUAUAUCUUCUAUAUACCGGAUUGUUUUUUCACUUUCCAGAGUUCUAAAAUUUAAAAUUUUCGUAAUAACAAAAUCACGUCAAAAGUAUAAAGUGUACAGAGACAAAAACUUA